CCUGAGGUCAUGACCUGAACCAAAACCAAGAGUUAGAUGGAUGCUUAACUGACUGAGCCACCCAGGUGCCCAAUGACCUAACAGGAUUCUUGCUGAAGUAGGCCAAGUGAUCAGAUAAUGCCUGGAGGACUGUGGGGGAUGAGGACUUUGAAAAGAUAUGAGAGUGAUCAGAUAUGGUGGGUGGGGAUUUUGAUUAUACCAAUUCUUUAUGAAUCUAAGUAAUGCAAAAUGGACACAGAAGCUAGAGAUUAAAAAAAAAAGAAGAAGAAGAAGCCUAGAGAUCAGGGCCUAGUUAAGAAGAGGGUUCAGAGGAGCCAUACUCUCUCAAGGAGAGAGUCUGUAACAACCCAGAACUUAGUGGCAUAAAGCAACGAUAAAUAUUACUUCAGUUUCUGAUGACAGGAAUCCUUGAAUGAUUUAGCUAGGGGUUCUGGCCUGGGUGCAUGAAAUUAUGAUUAAUAUGUCAAUCUGGAUUGUUGUCAUAUGGGACUUGAGUAGAGCUAGAAGAUCCACCUCGGAGAUGGCUAACACAUGUUAGUAGAGCUAGAAGAUCCACCUCGAGAUGGCUAACUCAUUGCCCAUUUGGGCCUCUAUGUGGAGCUGCUUGGCUGGCCUCACAACUUGUCAUCUGGCUUUCCAAAGAGUGAGUGAUUCAGGAGAGGGCAAGGUAGAAGCCCUAAUGCAUUAUGUGCUCUGGGGUCAGAAUUUAUGCACUGUCAUUUGCACAGUAUCUAUUGGUUAUACAAGUCAAACCUGCACAGAAUAGGAAGGGACUACACAACUAGACAAGGGCUGGGAGUCAUUGGGGGUUGUCUUGGAGGCUGGCCACCACAUAAGGCAAGGAAGUAGAGGGCUUUGAGGUCUAGUGUAAGCUCCCUGUGGCUACUAUAACAGCACCACAUAUUUGGUGGCUUAAAGCAAUGCACAUUUAUUCUUACAGUUCUGGGGGUAAGAAAUUGGAAAUCAUUUUUACUGGACUGAAAUCAAGAUGUUGGCAGAGCCACCCUUCCUGUGGAGGAACUAGGGGAGAAUCGGUUUCCUUACCUUUUCUAGCUAUUAUAGCUGUAGACUGUGUAUUCUUUGGCUAAUGGCCCUUUGUCAGUCUUCAAAGCCAGCAGUAUGGCAUCUUGCUUUAGUGGUCACAUUGCCUUUUGUAGUCUAUAGUUAAGUCUCCCUCCACCCUUCCCUUAGAAGGACAUUUGUGAUUGCAUGUAGGGCCCACCUGAUUUCCCCAUCUUAAAAUCCUUAAUCACAUUCACAUUCCAUUUAUGGAACAUUCACUGGUUCCAGAAACUAGGACCUGCGUAUCUUUGGAGACCAUUAUUCAGUCAGCUAUAUCCAGGCUGAAAGAGGUCAUCCUGAUAGAAAGAUGAGGAGACAUUCAAAUUUUUUUAAGCAAGAUGACUUGAGUUUGAAAAAAAAAAAAUCAUUCAGGCAUCUUGGAGGUCAGGGUAGGAGAAAUACUGAGAGCUAACUAGGAUGUGGUGGGGGAGGUGGGUAGUGACCAGGUGCUGGCUCAUGCCAGUGUGGUUUGGUCAGCCGUGGGAGAGUGUAAAGUAAAGGAGCCUGACAGCCCAUACCUCCAGGCACCAAUAGUGAAGAGCAAGAGGAGGGCUACAGGGGUCUGAGGUGAAGCAGCAGAGAGGGCCAUGAAAAAGCAAGGAAUGUUGGGCAUCUGGGUGACUCAGUUGGUUAGGCUUCUGACUUUUAGCUCAGGUCAUGAUAUCAGGUUCCUGGGAUCUAGCCACAUGUCAGGCUAUACUCUGAGCAGGGAGUCUGCUUCUCUCUUUCUGGCCCCCACGACAUCCUCACACUCUUUCUCAGGAGCCAGUGACUUUCCGGGAUGUGGCUGUGGACUUCACCCAGGAAGAGUGGGGGCAGCUGGGCCCUGCCCAGAGGACCCUAUACCGUGAUGUGAUGCUGGAGACCUUUGGGCAUCUGCUCUCUCUGGGGCCUGAGCUUCCAAAACCUGAAGUCAUCUCCCAGCUGGAGCAAGGGGCUGAGCUAUGGGCAGCAGAGAGAGAAAUUGCCCAGGGCUACUGUCCAGGCCGGGAGCCUGGACCUGAAAGCCAAGUGCCACCCAAGGAGCAUGUCCUUCCUGAGGUGGAUCCAUCCCACGUCACUGAAGGGGAAGGCUUCCUGAGGGAUGCUCCCUGUCCCACCAUACUGAGGGAAGACCGGGAAUGUGAGGGCCAGGUAAAGUUGCCUGAGAAAGAACAGGAUAAUUUGAGGCAAUUGGAAUUUAACCUCAAAGAAGCGCCAAUUCAAGAUAAAAGCUAUGAAAGCCUCAGACUUGGGGAAAAUGGUGUCCUGAGCUCAAACCUAAAUCCAUUCCCAGAGAUUUCUAGGAUUGAGUAUCUCUGUGCUUACAACUCACAGGUUAUAAACUCGGAACGUAACUCAAGCUUAGUCAGUCAGCAGACAGGCUCCUCAGGAAAAGAGCCGUGUGACAGCAGUGACUGUAGUAGAACUUCCAGUCAGGCCAUUCCAAUUCUGGAACUCACACGAAGCCAGGUACAGGAUAAACCCUACAAAUGUACAGACUGCGGGAAGUCAUUUAACCACAAUGCUCAUCUCACAGUGCAUAAAAGGAUUCACACGGGAGAAAGACCUUAUAUGUGCAAAGAAUGUGGGAAAGCCUUCAGCCAGAACUCCUCCCUGGUUCAGCAUGAGCGAAUCCACACAGGAGACAAGCCCUAUAAAUGUGCUGAGUGUGGGAAGUCUUUCUGCCAUAGCACACACCUUACAGUCCAUCGGAGAAUUCACACUGGAGAGAAACCCUAUGAAUGUCAGGACUGUGGACGGGCCUUCAACCAGAAUUCAUCCCUGGGCCGGCAUAAGCGGACACACACCGGAGAGAAGCCAUACACUUGUAGUGUGUGUGGGAAAUCCUUCUCACGGACCACUUGCCUGUUCUUGCAUCUGAGGACACACACAGAGGAGAGGCCAUAUGAGUGCAACCACUGUGGGAAGGGCUUCAGGCACAGCUCCUCUCUGGCCCAGCAUCAGCGAAAGCAUGCUGGGGAGAAGCCAUACGAGUGCCGCCAGAGGCUAAUCUUUGAGCAGACACCAGCUCUAACAAAACAUGAGUGGGCAGAAGCCCUUGGCUGUGACCCACCUCUGAAUCCAGAUGAGAGAGCCCACCGGAGCGACAGGCCAUUUAAGUGUAAUCAUUGUGGGAAGUGUUUUAUUCAGAGCUCGCACCUCAUCCGACACCAGAUAACUCACACCAGAGAGGAGCCCCAGGGACGGAAUCGGCGACGGCUUGAGCAGUCCUUUGGCCGGACCUCACAGCUUGGCCGCCAUCAGCACACACACUCAAGCGAGAGCUCUGGGGGUGGGACAAAGGCAGGACAGCCUGCAAGCCAGGCCCUUGCCUUGUUUGACAUCCAUGAAAUCAUGCAAGAGAAAAACCCAGUUCAUGUUAUCGGGGUUGAAGAGUCUUCUAUGGGUGCUUCUGUAUUAUUUGACGUUAGAGAAUCCUCAUAGGAGAGAAACUACAUAUGAUUUUUGGAACCGCAGGUACAAAAAUGUGGUAGAUCCACAUAGUAUGUUCAUCGAAAGGAGGACUGGGGGUAGAAAUGUCUAAGGUGACCUCUGAUUUCUUAAGGAAGUGGUGCUUCGCAAUACCUGAGAUUCGUAGUUCUCAGAUCGGUCAAGCCCAGUGCCCCCUUUAACCACAGGUGUUUUGUGCCAUUCCCUAUACUACAAAAUGAAUUCACAGGUAAUAUAACCUAUACACGUGUAGUGUAAAAAAUCGAAAAAUGGCCGCUUUUUUAAAAGCAUAAUUAAAAGUAAUUUAUGGUAGAGUAAUGUGUACUCAGUUGGUGUGGUAUUUCUCCAUAUGACUGUGUGGGCCAUUAUGCAUGGACACCUGGGGUGGGCUGUUGUCAUCUGGUAUAUGGGGUAUAAUGUUGGCCAUGAAAAUAUUGUGAGGGGCAUUCCUGUAUGGGAUGUGAUUUUCUUAAGUGGUGACUAACUCUUGCAAAAGUUUGGAACAAAACAAGAUACUAUUAUUUCAUUUCUGGAAUAUUCUGUAUAAAAUUCUAAGCAUGCAGGAGUUAAUUUGUGUUUAUAUGUGAAGCUGACUUAGGAUCUCAGUUCAUACAUUACACUCUGGUUGUUUCACACAUACAUACAUACAUGGUCCACAGGGGCCAGUUCUGUACUUCAUAGUCAUUAGAACACACUUGGUACCCACCACAUAAGCCCAGAUCAAAUGACAAAAAAGCCCCCGUGAAAUUCUACUACAUUCUCUUGGGGUGUCACAGCUCCUACUGAAAGCCAUUACCUUGAAAUUGUCAGUGUUGCUUAAGCCAGACGUUCUCAAUCAGGAUGGAUUUGUCCUCCAGGAGACAUCUGGUGAUGUCUGGAGACAUUGUUGGUUGUCAUAACUGGCAGAACAGAGGGGUGCCACUUGGCAGCUAGUGGGUGGAAAAUGCUGCUAAACAUCCUAUAAUGCCCAAGAUAGCCCCCUUAACAAGGAAUUAUCUAGCCACAAAUAUGCCAAGGUAGGGAAAUCAUGCCCAGCACUACAGCCAACGUUUUCCAGAUUAGGUGAGGGCUCUACUAACAACCCUAAACCUUUGAUUUUAACAAAUGAUAUCAUUAAUUGAUUUAAACAUAAAUGUUUUCUGGUGAUUUUUUUACUGUUUUGCAACAUUCCUAAUUGGUGUGAGAAAAGGAAGAGAAUCUACUUAUUUUUCUGAGUGAUGCAAAUUUUAGCAUUUUUAUCAUGGACAUUGUAAAACAUGAAUAAGCCCCACUUUUGACCAUUUCUCCUCACUGCUGUGUGGGGUACAGAUUUGGGAAUGUUCUACCUAUCAGUAGUGCUUUUUGGGGUAGGGGACACCCAAUGGUAACUUGCUGGUUCCAGACAGCUCUAGAAGCCAGGCCUGCAAUUGUCCCUUUACCUCCACCUCAGCCCCCAUAAUGGCAGCUCCUGAGGGUCAUGUUUCCCCAGUCUCAGAGGCUGAGGUUACAGUGGCCUUGGUGGGUAAGCUGGGAGCAAGCUUGUCACUUGCCUUCCUCUCCAGGCAACAGAGAUCUUUACAAAUUUUUCUAUUUCUCAUUUCAGGUCGCAUUUCCUAGGCAUAAUAUCCCUACUGAUAGUCUUACAGAUGUUUUGAAACAAAGGUAGAUGAACUCCUCAGGGGAGGUUACUAUAAACUACAGAGGACAUGAUUUUAUAAGUAUAAAAGUAAUGUAAAUUCUUUACCGCAAAUGUGGAAGAUGCACAAAAGUAAAAUUUAAUUCCUCAUACUUCCACUAUCCAGAGAUGGUCAUUACCAUUAAGAUUUUAAUUUUCCUAUAAUUUUUUCUUAAAAAUACAUGUAUACAUAUAGUGUACACUAGGUCUUAGGCGCACAAAAAAUGUAUAGUAUUGUUAUGUUUAGAAAAUUGGAAUCCUUUCUAGUUCUCUUGUAACACAUGUUUCUUACUAUAUUUUGAGCAUUUUCCUCUGCCAAUGAAUUUCAUGUAGCUUUUUAAAUUACCUUUCAGGAAGAUUGUAACAGUGUGACCACCUAGCAUUUUAUCAGCCUUGACUUUUAUCCAAAAGGGGGGAAGGAUUUCCUAUACAUUUCCAGGGGAAGUAUAAAUUGAUACAGGCUCUGUGAAGGGCAACUUACUAGUUGCUAUCUAAAAUUACAAAGACACAAACUCUUUGUCUCAGUAAACCUGUUGCUGGGAGUGAAUCCAAUAGAUUUAUUUGUAUGUUGUAGACUAUUUGUACAUGGUUUCCCUAUGGUAUUGAUUUAAGAAGUAAAAAUUUGUAAACAACCUUAGUGUCCACCAUGGGGAGCUGGGUUAGUGAUUUGUGCUGGAAUGGAGAACUACACAGCUUUAAAAAUGGGGACUGUCUAUGUGAUAAUAUGGGAAAGAGCUCCAAGAUACAUUGUUAAAUGAAAAGGUAUAAAACAGUGUGUAAAGUAUGUUUCCAUUUGUGUAAAAAAUUUUUUUGGUCACACACAGACAAACACAAUCUCCUAAGGGUACAAAGUAACAAGGCAUACUGGUUGCUCUUGGGGAGGAGAACUGGGAGGAAAGGGAUGAGGAAUAAUUUUCAUUCUAUAUCUUUUGAUAUUUUUGGAAUUUUGAAACAUGUAAAAGUAUUAACAGUUCAAAAAAUAAAUUUAAAUUAAAAAUCUCAACUCUUGCAAA